ACUUCACCCAACACACCUUCCUUCAACCACAAGACGACACUGGGACGGUGUCCAUCUGAAGUGUGCCUGCAGUAGUUGAGAAUAAGUGACCCCGACUUGGUACAGUGAGUUAACAUUAUUGUUGUGAUAGACUGAUAUUAUACAUAACGAUGAACUCCGAGGAAUCAGCAGCAAGUAUUUUCAUGUUUACUGAACGAAAGCCGGCGCCACCACCCCGAAGUGCUUUCGUGGAAUUCUUCAGGAGCAAAAUUCUGUGCCGGAAGGAUGACCCUGAGGAAGAGCGUAAGGCUUUACUGAAGAAGGAAGGUGGCUAUAGGAUCACGUACACAGGGCUGAGUGAACAUCGAAGGAAAUACGUUGCGGACAUUUACAUCACGCUCAUCGACCUGGAAUGGAGGUAUGCUAUCGCGGUAUUAUUCAACGUCUUCCUUGUAACGUACUUGGUGUUUGCUUUCUUCUGGUGGCUCAUGGCCUACAACAACGACGAUUUCGCCAACUUGGACAAUCCGGAUCACGUGCCAUGUCUGCUUGGCGUCAAGUCGUUUGCUGGCGCGGUUCUGUUCUCCAUUGAAACGCAGACAACAAUUGGAUACGGGUAUGCCUACCCUAACGCACAUUGUGCUGGAACCUUACCCUUAAUCUAUCUGCAAGUCACGCUGGGAUUUUUCUUAGAAACAGUUCUCCUUGGUUUUAUCUUUGUGAAAAUAGCCCGCCCCAAAUAUCGUGCUAAUACCAUCAUCUUUAGCAAGAACGCCGUGGUAUGCCAGGAAAACGGCCAGCUCUGUUUACAGAUAAGAGUGGGAGAUUUGAGGAAAACACAUCUCGUCGACGCUCACCUCACGGCCAUCAUGGUUCGCAAGAAAACGACGGAAGAGGGCGCUGUGUACCCUUUGUUCCAGUACGAGGUCGAGAUGGAGGCGAAUGGAAUGGGCGACAGGAUCUUCCUCCUUUGGCCCCUCAUCAUCACCCAUAAGAUUGACGAGAACAGUCCAUUCUGGGACAUCAAGCCUGCUGAUCUUUGUUCCGAGAAGUACGAACUCCUUAUCUUCCUGGAGGGAACUGUUGAAGCUACGGGAGAGGUGUGCCAAGCCCGGACGUCGUACGGACCCAAGGAAAUCCUUUGGGGGCACAGAUUCGAGCGAGUUGAAGAAUAUGACCUGGGUAUGAAAAGGUGGCAUAUUGAUUUCACCGGGUUCAAUGACGUGGUUUACUGCCAGAACCUACGUCACAGUGCAAAGGAUCUCUCGCAGUACGCUGGCAGCACCCAGAAACUAGAUACAACAGGGAUCUCGAAACGCAAGUCUUCAGAACGACCGUCCCCAAACCCUCUUUCCCUCAACAGCGGCGUCCGGUACGACAUGACGAAUCUGAAUGGUGCCCAGAAUAUGGCAGAAAGCAGCAGCGGAGCAGCCCUCCUCAGCAACGAAGAUGAGACAUCAACUUAGAACUUGGAUUUGUGAUUUGGUGUUACGCUGUUGACUCCAGGAGCCUUCGUCACUGACAACAACUGAUGAUAUAUAUGUGGCCUUAAAACAAUGAUCUGCGCGCCAUGGGAUGACAUAUGGAGCUCUUUACAUUAUGUAAUAGGCAUAGGUUCAAACGGCGCAAUAGAGAACUCUGAUUGAUUCAGUGUUUAUUAUUUAUUUGUUGUCAUGUUGUAAAUAUUCUCCAUGUACAUCUAUUUCUAAUCACGCAAUGAGAGAUUGAUUUUCAUUGCUCUUGUAAUUCAUACCUCGCAUUUGUAAAUAGUUUUAUAAUAACUCUUUUUCAUUGUUUAAAUAAACAUCGUGAUUGUGUCAAA